UUUUGGUGGCUGUAAUAACACCAUUGUUACUGUAGAUGGCAGCAGCCGACUCGAAUGAAGUGACUGAAAGACGCAGAGGAAGAAAAUAGUCUCGCUUAAAGACCCCGAACAACAACAAAAACCUGGGUUCAGUACUUUAUCGGUUUGAAAACGCAAAGUUAUUGCUGCUUUUUUUAAUGGGAGCAUAUUUAAUCAUUUAAAAAUGUUCAAUGAAAACUCUUCUGCGAAUGAAGCCAGUGAAGUCGCUUGUGGAGACGGCGAAGAGGACGUGCCCGUCUGUGAAUCAAAGGAGCGGGGCUUUAAACCUGCUCAUGAGACCCCCUCUGCCAGGUUUCUGCAGGCUGAACUGGAGCUGAACGCUCACCUCCGUGGCCUCCGCUUCAGCGACCCUGUCCGGUACAUCUACAACCCGCUGGAGUACGCCUGGGACACCCACCGCUGCUAUGUGGAGAAGUACUGUCAGGCCGGACAAAAGAUCCUGUUUUUGGGGAUGAAUCCCGGGCCUUUCGGAAUGGCUCAGACAGGGGUCCCGUUUGGUGAGGUGAAGUCAGUUGUCGACUGGCUGAAGAUCACGGGGGAGGUUAGCCGCCCGCAAAAUGAGCACCCAAAGAGACGGAUCACGGGGCUCGCCUGCACUCAGAGCGAAGUGAGCGGCGCUCGUUUUUGGGGUUUCUUCAGAAAAUUGUGCGGUGACCCGGCGGUCUUCUUCCAGCACUGCUUUGUGCACAACCUGUGCCCGUUAAUCUUCAUGAGCGACAGCGGGAAGAAUUUAACACCCCCUGAGCUGCCAGCAGCUGAACGGGAGGCCCUGCUGCGCCUGUGUGACAUUGCACUGUGCCAGGUGGUGGAGGCACUGAACGUCUCCAUGGUGAUUGGCGUAGGAAAGGUGGCAGAGCAACGGGCACGGCGGGCUCUGUCUGCUGCAGGUGUCAAUGUGCGUGUUGAGGGCAUCAUGCAUCCAUCACCCAGGAACCCACUGGCUAAUAAGGGCUGGGAGGAUGUAGCUAAAGCCAAACUGCAGGAACUUGGUGUUCUAUCCCUUUUAAGUAAAACUUGCGCCAGUCAGUCAUGAUUAAUGCAUUUACUCCAACACCAGAUGAGGAUGUGUGACAUUCCUGUGUAUCUUUCAGUUCACAGAAGGUUUGGUGCACUGUUGAGAAGGGCACACUCAGUUAUCUGUGUGUCCAAACACAUGCUGGUAGCUCCAAGGAGAACCUGUAACACACUACUGCUUUUCCACAUCUGUUACCACAAAUGCUGUAAACACAUCUGCUCUGCAACUGCUUUUUCUUCUCUAAAGGUCUGUCUGCAUUACUUCAAGAUGAGACUCCUGCUGUGAUCAGUGGCUGCAGCGUAGCUUUAAAAUAUGCAGCCAGAAAAAAUUUCUACACUAAUGACUGUACGGUGCUUUGAGUAAAGCCUUAGCUCAGGGUGUAUGUGAAUAUUCGAUAUUGUAUUUUUCUUUGUGUGUAACAAGUGUUACGUCUACAGCUGAACCCUACAAUUAAAGUUGAUGUGGCCUUAUGUUCGUCAGCUAAUUAAGAUGUGACCUAUGAAUUUCCUAUAAAAGGACAGUUUUGAUGUGUUAAUAUCAAUGAGGGUCACAAAAUUAGAUUGGAAUAGAAAAAGACCAGAAUAUAGUGAAAGUCAAAAUAAAGUUCGCUGGCCACACGGACAGCUCUUUGUCAUGUAGCACUAAAAAUAUAUUCAUACAGUGAUAAUUACAUGGGCAGAAUCAAUCUGUGGUGCUUUUUUAUGACAUUUUAUAGCUCUAUUUUAAAUUUUCAUUUAGCUUGGUUGUGUAUUUUAUGGGUCUGCACAAUGAAUUUUCAGUUUCAGUGUUUUUAUUUUACUAUUCUUUUUUAAUUUGAUUUUACUAUUGAAAUAAAUACUGGCUGAUCAAAUCUGAUGCUGCAAACAUGAAGUUAUACUGACAGUUAAGGCAUAUGUUUAGCAGGGAAGUUGUUGAAACAUGUGGAAGUUGUAAAAGAAAUCUGUCAUUAACUGAAAUACUGAAUUAAUGAAAAUUCUCUGCUUUUAUGGCUGAACCUGAAUUACAUACAUGAAAGAAACGAGAUGGCAUUUUUUUUAACCUAAAUACAUAUUUAUGAACUGCA